AUGAUUAGUUUUUCUAUUGGGUCUUAUCAUGAUACUCAACUGUGUGAUGUUGUGUCUAUGGAUGCUUGUCAUAUUUUGCUUGGUAGACCUUGGCAAACUGAUCGAAAAUCUCAACAUGAUGGGUACCAUAACACUUACACUAUAACUCACCAAGGAAAACAAAAAAAAUUGCACCCCUUACCACCCCCACGGUUGUCACAAAAUCCUAAACAAUCAAAGGAGGUGUCAUUGCUUACCCUUAAGGAAUUUGAAAGGGAAAUUGAUGGUAAGGAUGAAUUAUACUUGUUGUACUCUAAAGAGGUCCACGAAAAUUUUGUGAGUCAAAACCCCAAAUUGGCUCAAUUGAUUAAGGAUUUUGAGGAUGUUUUUCCCGAUGAGUUACCUGAAGGGUUACCACCUUUGAGGGGAAUUGAACAUCAAAUUGACCUCAUUCCCGGUGCUCCUUUACCUAACAAACCUGCCUAUAGGUGUAAUCCUUUGGAAACUAAGGAAUUGCAACGUCAAAUAGAGGAGUUGAUGAGUAUGGGGUAUGUGCGUGAGUCGAUGAGUCCGUGUGCUGUUCCUGCUCUUUUGGUUCCUAAAAAAGAUGGUACAUGGCGUGAAGGCAUGAAAGUUGAUCCUAGCAAGAUUUAG